GAUCACGCUGUUUAUCAAUUUUAAAUUUUGGUUCGCGUCGAGUUUUGUAAACAGUGCUUUUACAACUUUUAUCCCUCUUUCUUUCAUUCAAUUCACUUGCCCAUGAAUUCUGUCUAAAAAGUAAAGAAAGGUUAUAGAUAAAAUAAAUUAUUAACCUGUUGUUUUUUUAAUUUUAUUAGUUGCAUAAUGAGUGGGGAGACUGAUGAUGUUAGUGAUCAAAGUGAAAAUGUUUUUAUUGAUUUCACUCCUGUGUGCAGGUAUGCUACUGCGUGUUAUAGGAAAAAUCCAGAACAUUUUAUGAAAUUUCGCCAUCCUCAUUUGCCAGGAGAUUCCGAAAAUGUAGCUGUAAAAGAAAUUGUAGAUAUGAAAAUUGAGAUUGGUCAUGAUGCUACAUUAAAGACCACAACAAAUUCUCAAGGGCAUACUCAUGAUUGGACUGCAUUUGUUCGUUGUACGAAUCAAAGUGCAACUGGAAUUUUUCUUGAAAAAGUAGAAUUCAUCUUUCCACAAAUUUUAGCUCGUGCUCCUUUGGUUGCGAAUCAGCCUCCUUUUAGUGUUACUGACUCUGGGUCAAGAUCCUUUGUAAUGAAUAUUGAUAUUCAUUUUAAGAGUUUUCCCGACCCCAAGAAGAUACAAAUAGAUUAUGAUCUGUAUUUAAAAGACAAUGCUUCUUUCUCAAAUGUGCAUCAAGUGAAAUUAACAAUUCAAAACCCAUCUCCUGCUUUUCGGCAGAGACUGCUGUUAGCUGGUGGUGUUAUGGUUCAGGUUCCUGACAGCAGCAUGUGGGAUAAUGUUAGACAGUCUUUACCGUCGACCAGUUUAACCAAUAAGAGAAAAGUAGGAGAUCAAACAACUGGUCAGUCGACAAACGAUGAAUGUGAUGCUUUUGGUCAUCUUUGUACCACAAAGUUACGAAAAUUAGAAUCCCUGUCUCCACCCCAAAAAACCCUUGCCGAAAAGCUGAUAUCUGAAGUUCUGUUUCAUGCUGAGCAGAAGUCUCUUACAAAUGAAAGCUGUGUUCAUCUGACCAGUUCAUCUUCAAUAACUCCUACAGUUAAUAAUCACUCUUCACCAUUGCGAACAGUUAAAAUUGAGCCAUUGGAAGCUACAGCUUCAAGUGUGUCUACUAAUUAUGACUUUUCUUCGUUGCCAGGCGAUAGUCCUCGUCAGGCUAUUAAAUCAGAACCGAACUCUCCAUCGUCGUCACAGAUAUCGGCUGUUAAAUUAGAAGCUAAUUCUCCCUCUUCUUCUACAGAUAUUGAGGAAUGUGUUAUAUUGAAAACUAUUAAAUCUGAAAAGCCUGAAAAUGAACCUUUAAUUGUGGAAAUUAAGGAAGAGAUGAUUUGAAAUUGAUUUUUAUUAACUGUGUUAGCCUGAGCAUCGCAAAAUAUCACAUCAUUCAUUUUAAUUUUUUAUUUUGUACAUAGUAUGUUCCUAAUAUACAUUUAUUUGAUUACUAAUUUAUAUAUACAAUAGAAGAUCUGUAAUUAGCCUUAAAUUAAAAAUAAUUAUAAAUAAAAGUAGGUGUAAACAAUGAAAAUUGCAGUUAGGAUCUAAGCAAGAAGUAUUAACUUUCUUUUGACAUUAUUUGUAUAGUUAUUUGCUGAGAGAUUGAAGCUAAGCAAACCAAUUUUUUUUUAUUUAUUUAUUUAUCAGUUCUAAUGCUAAUUAGUAAAAUACUUAAAUUUUCAAAUCGUUUUUAUAAAUGCAGUAUUUGCACUUGAUAGGAAAUUAAUAAUAAUUAGGUAAUAAUAAGUGUUAUUGAAUAUAAUUAAUAAUUAGAAGUGUUAUUUAAAUUGUUUUCAAAUCAUUUUAAAAGGUUUUUUAAAAUUGUUCUUUUAAAUGGGUUUUAAAUUGUUUUCAUAGGUGACAGGCCUAAAGCAAAUGAUAGAAAUUCAAUAACAAUUUAGACGUUUUAGUAUCGGAUUCGUUAUUUUUAUAAAAAAAAAUAAUAUUUUUAUGGGUGACAAACUAUGUGCAAAUUAUAGAAAAUUAGUAAUAAUCAUGUCUUUUAAAAUUGUAGUUUGACACAAUUUUCUCAUUUUAAUCGAAUUGUUUAGAACAAAUUCAGCAUAAAUCAUUGUAAGAGGCGGACUUAUUUUAACAUUAGUUAUAAUUAUUUUCACUUGCAGUGUUUGCAGUUUAACUCAACAGGAAAUGGCCAGACUAUUAGCUUAACUUCAAUUGUUUCGUUUCAGCCUAUUUAUGUUUUUUUUAAAUAAUAUUACUUCUUACAUUUUGUGAUGUUUUGUCUCGGUCUGUAAAUAAUAAAUCCUUAGCUGUAAAUGCAUUCACUCUCUAGACUCUUUAUACAACUCUAUGUGUUUCCUAGUAAAUAUACUGGAUAAUUAUUUUUCAACUGAGGCAAAAUCCUUGUAUGAAAUGAUUAAUAAUCUUAUUCUAAGAUAAAGUAUAUAUUGUUAAAAUAAAUUGUUAUUGAAGUUGC